ACAUAUAUAUAGACAUCGUUCUUGGAGAUUGAAAGCUCUCCUAGCCUUUUGUGAGAAGAUUCAGCUGCCGUAGGCAAACUUCCCAGACGAAGAUCUCUGCUUUUAGAUAUGGCAACUGGUAAAACAGUGAAAGACGUCUCUCCACAUGACUUUGUCAAGGCUUACGCUUCUCAUCUCAAGCGAUCUGGCAAGAUCGAGCUUCCCUCAUGGACAGACAUUGUGAAGACCGGUAAAUUGAAGGAGCUUGCCCCUUAUGAUCCCGAUUGGUAUUACAUCAGAGCUGCAUCUAUGGCAAGGAAGGUAUACCUGAGGGGAGGUCUUGGAGUUGGUGCUUUCCGUAGAAUCUAUGGUGGCAGCAAGAGAAACGGCAGUCGCCCACCUCACUUCUGCAAAAGCAGCGGUGGCAUUGCCCGUCACAUCCUCCAGCAGCUGGAGACUAUGAACAUUGUUGAGAUUGACACCAAAGGAGGAAGAAGAAUCACUUCCAGUGGGCAACGGGACUUGGACCAAGUUGCUGGACGUAUUGCUGUUGAAGUUUGAAUAUCUGAAAUGUUGUUGUUUUGAGGCUCUAUUACUUUUCCGAAACCAAUGUUCUGUUUUUAGUGUUUGUUUUUUUUUUUUCUCAAAGAACAAAUUAUUAUCAAUAUCAUUGCUGAAGACUGCUCCCACAAUGUUCAGAAACCUUUUUUUUGUUUUGGUUCUUUAAAACCUUUAAAUC